CAGGGAAGGGACUCAGCCCUGGAGGUUUCUGUGAGAGCUCAAGCCACAGGAGCCACAAGAUAAGAGGACUGUGGCUGCAGAACCCAGGUGGCAGGCCUUUUCUCGGGCCCCUUACUCCUGACCUGGACGAGGCCGGGGCUUCCUCAAGGAGAUGGCUGUGUGGGUUCCUGCUCUGUUGAGUGAAUGUUCCCUGGCAGUGGCCAGAUGCUUGCUCCACUCUCAUCCCUUCACUGGGGUCCUGGGCAGGCUCUCUGACACCCCUGCCUGCCCGGCCCUGCACAACAUGCAGCCCUCGGGCCUCGAGGGUCCUGGCACGUUUGGUCGGUGGCCUCUGCUGAGUCUGCUGCUCCUGCUCCUGCUCCUGCUGCUGCUGCUCCAGCCUGUAACCUGCGCCUACACCACGCCAGGCCCCCCCAGAGCCCUCACCACGCUGGGCGCCCCCAGAGCCCACACCAUGCCGGGCACCUAUGCUCCCUCGACCACACUCAGUAGUCCCAGCACCCAGGGCCUGCGAGAGCAGGCACGGGCCCUGAUGCGGGAAUUCCCACUCGUGGACGGCCACAACGACCUGCCCCUGGUCCUAAGGCAGGUUUACCAGAAAGGGCUACAGGAUGUUAACCUGCGCAAUUUCAGCUACGGCCAGACCAACCUGGACAGGCUUAGAGAUGGCCUCGUGGGCGCCCAGUUCUGGUCAGCCUAUGUGCCAUGCCAGACCCAGGACCGGGAUGCCCUGCGCCUCACCCUGGAGCAGAUUGACCUCAUACGCCGCAUGUGUGCCUCCUAUUCUGAGCUGGAGCUUGUGACCUCGGCUAAAGCUCUGAACGACACACAGAAAUUGGCCUGCCUCAUCGGUGUGGAGGGUGGUCACUCACUGGACAAUAGCCUCUCCAUCUUACGUACCUUCUACAUGCUAGGAGUGCGCUACCUGACGCUCACCCACACCUGCAACACGCCCUGGGCAGAGAGCUCAGCUAAGGGCGUCCACUCCUUCUACAACAACAUCAGCGGGCUGACUGACUUUGGUGAGAAGGUGGUAGCAGAAAUGAACCGCCUGGGCAUGAUGGUAGACUUGUCCCACGUCUCAGAUUCUGUGGCACGGCGGGCCCUGGAAGUGUCACAGGCACCUGUGAUCUUCUCCCACUCGGCUGCCCGGAGUGUGUGCAACAGUGCUCGGAAUGUUCCUGAUGACAUCCUGCAGCUUCUGAAGAAGAACGGUGGCGUCGUGAUGGUGUCUUUGUCCAUGGGAGUAAUACAGUGCAACCCAUCAGCCAAUGUGUCCACUGUGGCAGAUCACUUCGACCACAUCAAGGCAGUCAUCGGAUCCAAGUUCAUCGGGAUUGGCGGAGAUUAUGAUGGGGCUGGCAAAUUCCCUCAGGGGCUGGAAGACGUGUCCACAUACCCGGUCCUGAUAGAGGAGCUGCUGAGUCGUGGCUGGAGUGAGGAAGAGCUUCAGGGUGUCCUUCGCGGAAACCUGCUGCGGGUCUUCAGACAAGUGGAAAAGGUACAGGAAGAAAACAAAUGGCAAAGUCCCUUGGAGGACAAGUUCCCGGAUGAGCAGCUGAGCAGUUCCUGCCACUCCGACCUCUCACGUCUGCGUCAGAGACAGAGUCUGACUUCAGGCCAGAAACUCGCUGAGAUUCCCAUACACUGGACACCCAAGUUAUCAGCCAAGUGGUCACUCUCAGAGUCCUCCCCCUACAUGGCCCCAGUCCUCGCAGUUGUGGCCACCUUCCCGGUCCUUAUUCUGUGGCUCUGAUGACCCAGUUAGUCCUGCCAGAUGUCACUGUAGGAAGCCACAGACACCCCACAAAGUUCCCCUGUUGUGCAGGCACAAAUAUUUCCUGAAAAUAAAUGUUUUGGACAUAGAACCA